AUGGUUAUCCUGUCUUCUACAGAAAUUCCUGUAUGCGCUGGCUGUAAUCAACACAUCGUGGACCGCUUUAUCCUGAAAGUGCUGGACCGCCAUUGGCACAGCAAGUGCCUGAAAUGCAGCGACUGCCAAUCCCAACUAGCAGACAAGUGCUUCAGCCGGGGAGAUAGCGUUUACUGCAAAGAAGACUUUUUUAAGAGAUUUGGGACCAAAUGCGCCGCGUGUCAGCAAGGUAUUCCUCCAACGCAGGUGGUGAGAAGGGCACAGGAUUUCGUAUACCACCUGCACUGCUUCGCGUGCAUCGUGUGCAAGAGGCAGCUCGCGACAGGUGACGAGUACUACCUGAUGGAGGACAGCAGGCUCGUGUGCAAGGCUGACUACGAGACCGCCAAACAGCGAGAAGCUGACUCAACAGCGAAAAGGCCACGAACGACCAUCACCGCGAAACAGCUCGAGACCCUGAAAAACGCUUACAACAACUCUCCCAAACCAGCCCGACACGUACGAGAACAGCUAUCGUCAGAAACUGGCCUAGACAUGCGGGUUGUUCAGGUCUGGUUUCAGAACAGGCGAGCAAAAGAGAAGAGGCUGAAGAAGGAUGCAGGCAGACAGAGGUGGGGACAGUACUUCCGCAACAUGAAGAGGUCACGAGGUAGUUCCAAAUCAGACAAGGACAGCAUCCAGGAGGAGGGCAUGGACAGCGACGCUGAGGUCUCCUUUACAGACGAGCCACCCAUGUCGGAGCUCAGUCACUCCAAUGGCAUCUACAGCGGCCUGAGCGAGUCGUCUCCAGCAAUGGGGGGCAGCCACGGCCCCUUCCCCCUGGAGCAUGGAGUCCUCCCCUCUCAGGACCAGUACCGUGACAUCCGAUCCAGCAGCCCCUACGGCCUACCCCAGUCCCCAGGUUCGCUUCAGGCACUGCCCAGGCACCAGCCCCUCAUCUCCAGCCUGGUCUACCCUGACUCCGGCCUGUCAAUCAUGACCCAAGGUGGGGCCCCGGGGCUAAACCCAGGCAUGAGAGGAGUGUUGGGGGGCACUAACGGCCCUAGCUCAGAUCUGUCCACUGGCAGCAGUGGGGGCUACCCAGACUUCCCAGCGAGUCCAGCUUCCUGGUUGGAUGAAGUGGACCACGGACAGUUUUGAUGAGCUGGUUUGAUUGAUCAACGUUGUAUAAGGACUCAAAGGUGUUUUUUCUGUGUCUUCUCCUGCGGGUGUCAAAAACUGGAAAGAGACAGUCACGCAAGACCUGUGAAACAGAGAGACCGGGUCAGAUAGUUGCUGUCUUUCACCGUCCUUGGAUCACUCUCUCUCUGUCAAUGAACUGUCAAUUGAUAUUUUUAAUUUCUCCUGAUCUAAGUGAACUGAAAGGAAGGAUUGGGCCUCAAAAAAUAUGAAUGGUAGCACUUGUAACUCACACACCAUUCCUUAAUGAUAACAAGACUGAGAAGAAUGGAGUGCUGGCCUGUUCUGAAUGAUCAUUUAGCUGCUGACGAAGUGUUGAUAUGUUGCUCAAAUAUCGUCAAGAGUAGGGUCUGAAAGGAAAGCAAGCUCACUUCUACAAUCUGAACUUGUAACGGUCAAACAGACAUACUCCCUCUCUCAGCCUGAAGUCUUCACAGCACUCAUCAAACAGCCCUCCACCAUUGAACUAUGUGUACAGCGACUUUCCACCAUCAUGCUUUUGAUCCCUAUGGUGUCAUCAAUAUUACACCAGAGGAAGCUCACAGAUACACACCAUUUCCAGCUGUGAUAUCGUUGUGACAACUUAGCAAAUUCAGACUUUUGCCCAAUUGGAUUUUAAUAGACUCCAAUCCUUUCCACCUUAUUAUUCUCUCUGUUAAAAAAAGAAAAAAAGAAAGUGUACCGAUGCAGGUUUUGGUUCAAGUCAGAGUUUUUAUGUGUCUGGUUGUUGCCAAAUGUCUGUGUAUAUUAAGGUUUAUCAUUGUGGAGAAUUUAUUUUUAUACAACCCCUACGACAACAUGAAUACCACAGAUAUUAGGACUUUGUACAUUGACGGCUAGGGAUCUAGACAGGUUGUAGAUGUCGCCUCCCACCGAUAAGUAGAGGUCCAGUUACUUCUAUGCAUUUGUGUGUUCUCAGAUGUAUCUUGUUUGUUUCAUUCUAUUGAAAUUACCUGGGCAUGCUGAAACCCAGGCUGGUGUACGUGUUUGUUUAUGUGGAAGAUGUUUUAUGUCUUAUUUAUUCUCUCUGAUGAUGAUUAUGAUUAAGUGAUACAGGUCUUUAAUAAAUUUGUCAGCUAAAUCCAAACUGA